UGGUGAAUCAUUCCCAUUUUUUUAGCCUUGCUUACUCCCUGCCUUACUUCGCUUUUAGUCUGUUUCACUUCUCAACUAGAAAUUUUCCUCUCUCUGCCAGGCAGACUCAAACCAACUCGAGAGAAGUUGUUUGCUGAGCACAGAAUCGGGAUUGAAUUAGAGUGCAGGCCGAGAAUUUUCGUCCUUUUCGCUUAAAGAGGGGAUCCCAUUCGUGGCGAGAUGUUAGUAUUAAGCGACAAGUCCACCCGGCUCCGUCCCCACUCUGGCAUAAAAAAAGAAUAGCCUAAAAACCUGACAUCACAUUUUUAAAAACCUCACAAAAUCCAAAAUAUGUGGCGAAAUUAUUCCUGGCGUCGCGAAAUACCGUGGCGAAGAUGACGCCACCACCACCAAAAAUUCUUAUCGUCGUCAUGGAAACCAUAAAACUAAACUUUGAAGGGGAACGGAAAAGUGGGUGAAAUGAAAUUGAAAUUUUGCAUGGAUUAUGGAUAAAUCGACGUAGUUUUGACUGGCAAUUUAAGGCGGAUUUCUCGCUCCGUUGGUGGUGAAAAGUGAGUGAGGGGAGAAGUUUAAACUGGAUUUGUAUCCUUCUCAGAAAGUGAAAGUUUCCGAGGAAAUUUUUGAAGUUGACAUUUUUUUUAAACCGUGUGAUUGUGCCUUUUCGGAAAUAUAUAGUGGUGAAAGUAGAAGUAGAGAGCGUCUAUUUUCAACCUUUAGGAUAUAAAUAUUUCUAUUUUUGAAAACAGAAAGUGUAGGAAAUUUAUAGAAAUUAACGUAAAAAUCAUAGAAUUCAACAGGGUCUCAAUUCUUGUUUUGGAAAAAAUAAGAAAAAAAUAUAUCUAGUCGUGCGUUCGUGUUUUCCUCUUAUUCGAAUUAUUUUUUGGUAGAAGAAAGAAAGAAAAAACGGAGAAAUUUUUAAUAAAUAUAACAAAAAAGUAGUCAGCCUUGUAAUUAAAAAUAAAUAUUUCGAAAAAUUUCUGUAAACCACGGGAACAUAAAAUAAAAUACUACUACUUUUUUGUAAAUAUAAAUAAAAGACUGCGUCGGAUUUAGAAGAGAGAAGAGGAGACGAAUUUAGUAAAAAUAAAAGUAAGCGACGUACGGAACCAAAUCGUUAUUGUGAUAUUUUCUACCGUUGUAAAAUUAAGAAGUCCUGCACAACUCGUCAAACUCAACCUAGCGAAAAAUACCACGCCCUUUCUAUAUAUUUGGAAACUAGUUACCAAAACAAGUAUACGAAGUAAAAAAAAAUACUAGUUUCUGGGAACUCAUCACUCACUCACCGCAGUAUACGAAUUAUCUAAUCAUCACCUUCUCCGGAAAUUUAAAAAUCUACCAAAUUUUUUCAAAUUUCUGGUUGUAUCUACUCUCCCACAAAAACCACAAAACUGGAAGCCCUCGACCCUUCCUCGUUCGCCUCCCUGCCCCCGGGCCCCCCACAUCAUCACCCCCACUCCCACGCCCACCAUAACAACAUGACCUCCUACUUUUCAAACUCAUACAUUCCCGAGCUCCACGCCCCCCGCUCGAACGGCGGGGGCGGCGGGGGCCCCCCGCCCGACCAUUAUCAGACGUCUUGCACCACCCCGAACGGGGCCACUGAUGCGCACGCGCACUACCAACAGCAGCAGCAACAGCAACACCAUCAGGGCCACCCCCACGGGCAGAACGGGCAACCACUCUACCCCCGAUUCCCGCCCUACGACCGGCUCGACAUCCGCGCCCCGCCCGGCUACUACCCCGGCGGGAUUGAUGGCCCCAACAAUUCGUACCGCCCGCCCUCCCCGCCACCCUCGGUAGUCAACAAUGCCAUGGGGGUCGGCCCGCCGCACGGCGUCGCGCCCAUAAUGCAGCAAGUCCAACAGGUCGCGCCGGGGUAUAAUUCGUGCAAAAUGCAGCCCGCUCUGAACCAUCAGCAAGUUUCGCCCGGCAGUGGCGGAAUGGGGGGAGGGGUCCCGGGCGGCAAGUGGGAGCCGGUGGGGCCCCCGCUUUCCCCCGAAUUGGGCGGGAUGGGGCAUAUGAAUGGCGGCGGGAGUUUGACGCCGAAUGGGGGUGGGGGAAAUAACCAUAAUCAUACGGGAAUGAUGGUCGGCGGGUAUGGAAACAUGGGGCCGCAGCAGCAUCAGCAAAAUAUUCACCAGCAGCAGCAGCAGCAACAACCGCACCCCGGAAUGGGAAGUGGGGGCGGGGUGGCUGGAUCGAAUGGGGGGAAUUUACCGCCACAAAAUAUUCAGAACCCGCACCAAAGCCCGCAACAACAGAAUAGUCCUGCUGCUGCGUUACCUAGUCCGUUGUAUCCUUGGAUGAGGAGUCAGUUCGCAGAGCGGAAACGCGGCCGUCAGACCUACACGCGCUACCAGACGCUCGAGUUGGAGAAGGAGUUUCACUUCAACCGCUACCUCACGCGCCGGCGCCGCAUCGAAAUCGCGCACGCGCUCUGUCUCACAGAACGACAAAUCAAAAUCUGGUUCCAAAAUCGACGCAUGAAGUGGAAAAAGGAAAACAAGUCGAAAGUGGAGUCACACUCGGAGGGAUCGGACAAUGAUUCGUAAAAACGAAGAGAAAAAAUCAAGAAAGAAACCGCAAAGAAAGAAAGAAAUCAAGUUCUGCUCAUCAUUCAAAAUUCAAAAUUUUUGCAAAAUUCGACCCCAAAAAUGUUCAUGUGUUUUAAAAAGUGAAAGCCUUUAAGUUAUUAUUUUUUGUGUUCUGGUUUUGUGUUAUGGUGAUUAUUUAUAUAAAGAAUUGCGUCACAAAUUUGGAUUCCGGGGACAAAAAGGAUUCUUGCUACAGAGACACGUAAAGUAUCAAAAUUUCGUACUUUACUUUCACUAAAAGAAAGUGUUAGCAUGAUAAGUGAUUGGCAUAAUUAGAAGAAUGGCGGCAUAUUUAAUUUAUGGCGGAAAAAAUUAUAGGUGCAAUUUUAAGUUGCUAAAUAAUGCGCGAAAUUAAAUUUUAAUGCGUGGAAAAAAUUCACUAUAAUUAAACCCGGUAAAAUUAUCAAACCGGUAAAAUUAUUAAGCCCUGUAAAAUUUAUUAAACCAAGUAAAAGUUUAGACCAAAUUGUUACCACAUGGAUUAAAAUUUGCGAAAUAAUUGGCAAAGUUAAAUUAUUAAGUCCGGUAAAAUUUAUAUUAAGCCUGGUAGAAUUUAUUAACCCUGGUAAAAUUCUAGACCAAAUUGUUACCACGUGGAUUAAAAUUUAAAAUUCGCGAAAUAAUUUGCAACCGUGCAAUUCCACCACAAACUCAGAACCUUCGUCAUCAUUGAUUUUCUUUCCAGCGGUGUUCUUUCUUGGACAGUAUUAAUUUACGAAUCUGAAUCGAAAGGGGAAAAAAGUGUGCAAUUUUUACACGCGGCGAGACAUCCAAUCGAUAAAAAAGAAGAGAAACUUGUGUAAAAAGUAAAAUGAUGAUCUUCACAAUUUUAUUAUUAAUUUAACUAAGCGAGCAGGUUCAUUAUAUGAUAAAUACAUACAUAAAUAUGCAAACGAAGUGUGGUCACGUGUGUGGGGGCAAAAAAGAAAACAUUAAAAAACCCCACCUCAAAGUUUCCUAUUACAAUUAACUAAAAUUAAGUAACUUUAAAUAGGUUAAUUAAUAUAAAAAGGGAUAAUUUUUAGCAGAGAAAAUUUAAGGUACGAAUGUGCAGUGAAAGUUUAUAGCCGUCUCAUUAUUAUCAUAUUAUCAUCAGAAAAUCGCAUAUUAUUUCAAAAACAGGGAACAUUUUAGGCGAGAAUUUUAUUGUAAAUAUCUAGAUAAAUUUCCGAGCAAAAUUUUUGGCGAAAUUUUAAUAUGAUUUUGAAAAUCGGGAUUGAAAUCACUUUUACGUACGUUUUGAGCAUAUUAUUUUUGUAAUAAAUUUUCUCCUUGAAUCUUUUAAACACUUUUUUUACCGGGCCCAUUGUUCGGUAAAUUUGUUUACCAUUUUCGGUAGCUAGAUAACAAAUACCGUGUUUUUGCCCCCAUUUUUGGCGAACUUUCUCUUUAAAUUGUUUUUUUUGUACACGGUAAAAAAAUUUUUACCAAGUUUACAUGUUAUUCGGUAAUAAGUUUGUUACCAAGUAUGGUAGCUCAGUAAAAAUUACCGUAUUUUUCCCUCCGUUUUUGUUUAACAUUCUUUUUACAAUGUUUUUUUGUACACACUAAAUAAAAUUUUUACCGAGUUUACAUAUUAUUCGGUAACGAAUUGGUUACCAUUUUCUGUAGCUCGGUAAAAAGCUUGUUAUUUACCGCGUAUUUUUGGCCCCAUUUUUGGUUCAUUUUCUCCUUAAGUUGUACCAUUUCUCUUUCUUUCUUUGUGUUUGUCUGUGAAUUUGGCUGGUUUCUGGUGAAAGAUCGAUAAGCGAGCAUAUGAUGAUGAUGAUGAUGGGAAUUCCGGGUAGUGGACGGGGGCGGGGAUGUUUAUUACGGGAGAGAAGAAGAUAUCGGGUAUUACACCGUAUUAUUUUGUAGGAUUCCGGGUUUUGCGCAAGGGAAAUAAAUCAUCCAUCAUGGCGACGGAGGAGAUGGCGACGUCACCAAAAACUAACCAAACCCACAAAAUAUAUGUGUGCACGGAGAAAGUAGAUUCAUGUCAAAAAAUGGCAAAGUGAAAGUAUGACUGUUUUUAUGGCAGAAAUUGAAUUUUUUAGAGAAAAAAAUUCGAAUUUUGUUAAUAACGUCACAAUUUUUCAGAAAAUAAUUGAAAUAUAAUUUUUCAUAGUAAAAGAAAUUCAGAAAACAUGGAAUAAUUUUUUGCAAGCAAGUAUUUAAAGGAAUCAUUACAAUUUUUGACAACAAAUUGGUAUUCAAUUUUGAACUGAAUUUCUGACAUUUUUUGUAGACAAUAUUUGUCGUUUAGUUUACUUUAUCUCAAAAUUUCACCAAAAUUCAUUUCGAUAUUUUUACAUAAUUUAUGAGGAUUUUUUGGAGCAAAUUUUUAGCUUAAAUCUUUGACGUGAACUUGCUUACUUGCAUUCAAAAUUUUCCCCAAUAAAAUAAAUUUGCCGGAAUUUAUGAGUGAUUUUUUAUGAAAUGGAGCAAAAUUCGUGACAUUUUUACUACUAAAUUUUUGACGUGAAUUUACUUUCACUCUCCGAAAAAUUUCAUAAAAAUAAAAUAUGACUUAUAUUUCAUUUCCUAAUUUAUGCCUAGUUUCUUUCUACCUUCUCGAAAAGUGAUUUCCGUCCCGAUUUUUUAAUUUCCUGUAAUAAUAAAUCGCACCCAAUAUUAUUUGAAACCUGUCAUACACGCCUUGCAAAACGUAUACGAAAAAUAUGAACACAUCUUGUCAAUUUUUUUUAUUAUUAAGCGUAACAAAAAACCAAGUUCAGGAACCAAGUAUACUUUUUUUACGGUUAAAAAACGAUAAAAUUUUAUUUGAUAAAAUUUAACAGCUUAAUUUUUAAUUGAAACGAAACAAAAAAACUAGUGAUUUCCGGUAUACGAAAAAGAAAGAAACAAUUUUUUAAGCAGAGAAAGCAGUAAAAAUUACUAAAUUUUAGUUAUUCAAAAUUUUUUAUUAACAGGUUUUUUAAAUUUAGAAAUUUAACGAUCUGUUUUAGUCCAAUUUUCUCGGUGAUAAAUUAAUAUCUAGCAGUUUUACUUCAACAAAUUUAAAUUUCCCGGUGAUAAAUUUCCUAAAAAUUAAUAUCCAGUACAUUUUUUGUUAAAUUACGAAACAUUUUUUGCUACAAAUUUCACCGUGAUAAAUUUCGUUACAAGGAAUUAGCCAUGUAAUUUCCACGUAAUUUGCAGCACGUGCAGCCACAAAAACUCUGGCAUUUUAGUGCAAUUAGUGCUAAAAAUAGGGCGCAUUAAUUUAAUCCUUAACCACAAAACUUACCAAAAUUCUGCUAAAUAAAACAACACUAAUUUACAUUAAUUGCUGUCUUCUUGUACAUAUGGUCCGAUUAUUAAAUAAAUUACACUUCAUUUUCCAGGAAAACAAUUUCACAAAUUCACAAUUAAUUAUGAAACUGUUGUAAUAAAUUAAAAUUAAAAUUAACUACACACUAAAAAAAUAAAUUGUACAUUUAAAAAUUAUACGUACGUAUUUACAUACACUUCGCAACUAAAAGGAUACGAUUACAUUACACACA